AUGUCCACCUGGGCACCACUCCGCUCCACGUCUCUAAGGCUAGGACCAGUCGGCACCGCAGCAGCCGCCACCGCACUCACAGCGCUCUUCUUCAUCUUCAUCUUCGUCCGGCGCACCAUUUGGAGUAGAACGCCAAGCAGACCUAUCGCCGUCAGUCCGGCGCGGGAACGCGUCCUCGUCCUCGGCGCGUCGUCUGGGCUGGGACGCGCGCUGGCGCUGCGGUAUGCGGCGCGCGGCGCGCGGCUUUGCGUCGUUGCGAGGCGGGGGGAGAGGCUUAGGGAGUUGGUUGGGGAGUGUGAGGGUGUUGUUGGUGGUGGUGGUGUUGGUGUUGGUGGGGCAGGGGAAGGGGGAGAGAAGUGUAUAUGGGAAGCAGCCGACUUCAGCAGCCCAGAGGACAUGGUGCGCGUGCGAGAACGAUUACUUGCUGAAUGGGGCGGCGUCGACACGGUCCUUGUCUGUGCCGGCGUCGCUGCCGUAAGGCCUUUAAUGGAACUCACGCGUCUUGGUGCGAACUCAUCCGUACCAUCAUCCUCAUCCUCAUCCUCACCCCCAUCCUCAUCCUCACCCCCAUCCUCAUCCUCACCCUCAUCCUCAUCCUCGUCUCCACCACUCACACCCAACACCAACACCAGCGUCGCCCCAGGGAAACAAGAACAAGACGCCACCACCGAAGGUUUACACACCGCCCUGACCAUCGCCACGCGCGCCACACAAGCCAACUUCCUCGGCCCCCUCGUCGCGGCCACGGCAUUCGUGCCCCUGCUAACGCGCACAAGCGCCGCGCCGGCUUUGUUGUUAGUCUCGAGCGUCGCGGCCGUGGUUCCGGCGCCGACGCGCGCGCUCUACGCGGCGACCAAGGCCGCGGCGCUGCUGCUGUAUCAGAGCCUCGCGAUUGAGCAUCCGGGCGUCGCGGUAGCGACUGUGCUGCCGGCUACUAUUGAGGGGGAUUUUCGGGCGGGGGCUGUGGACGUUGUCGACGAAAAGAAGGGAGGGGAGCAAGGGGGGAAGGGGGAGGGAGAGAAGGAAAGGGGAAAGUAUAAUAUGAAGGGCCUGAAGCUCGGGUAUGUUGCGCAGAGGUGUGUCGAUGCGGUGGAUCGCGGCGUCCGGGGUUGUGUGGUCGUGCCUUGGUUUCCGUAUGCGGUUGCGCAUCAUCUUUAUUAUGUUUGGCCGUCGUUUAUUGAGGGAAGGGCGAGGCGGAAGUAUGGGUUUGAGGCUUGA